AUGGAGUGUGUGGGUACACGCAUCCCGUACGCAAAAUGGCGCCUAAAUGCCUUCCGACAAUUGCUAGCAACUUCACAUGCUCAGACAGUCAGUCGCGGCAUUUCGACCUCGCGGCAAAUUGACCAAGUUGAUGCAACCACGUUAGAAACAAAGACAGACAAACCGAAACCGAACUCUGUACUUCCUUCGCAGCGACUCCCGCAAUCUCCUCUUCUCGCACAUCCUCGCUCUGGGACCGAGAAGCAUCGCAAGAGACGCCCCACGGCACAGGAGGAAGCUGAUUUGCUCAAGAACCCGUGGGCCAUAAUGCUGGCCUCGCCGGCACGUAUGUGCUCUGUGACUGGUGCACGCCUUCCAUCUGCCCUGCUGGGGACCUGGGGUCUUGUUAGACAACCAAAUACAGAUGAGCUUCAUAUGAUGCCUGUGGGUCUGCUGCAGGACUCGCUGCAAAGCAAUAAGCCCCGGAACCUCGGCUCAUCACCAGAGCCAAUCAUUCCAGGCCAACCGGAAAGCCCAAAAAUGGGGCUCAAUGGCCGUGAAGAGGAAUCCUUGGAGGCACCGCCAAUUCCGACCUCCCCAGAUAAGCAGACUGGACGCCAGCUCGUGCUUCGCAUUGCUGAGCUUCUUCCACUUAUUCGAUCUAUUUCAGUGCCACUCUCCAAGAAGGGCGGGAAAAAACCACCGAUUAUGCGGCUGUUGCCGUUCCGAUGGAAGCAUCCCCAGGGCCCUGUGACGGCGCACGAAGAGAAAAGAAUCAUCUGGUCGGAGAACACUCCGGAAAUUAUGUUGCGGGGUAUGAGGGAUGUCGUUAUUAAGAAGCUGGGUGCAGUACUCGACAAAUACAAACGCGUCGGCACCUCCAAUGGGGUCUGGAGGGCCCUGGAUCUACCCGAGUACUCGGAUGCUGCACUGAAUGAAGCCCUGGGAAGUCUGGAGCGAUUUGGUCAUAUGGAAUAUGGCGGUGUCCUGCUUCUUGGACCAAAGAAUUCUGCGGCUGCCGGGGAUACAUCUCAAUUGAGUGGCUCUUUGGACUCGGUGGCUCUCACGCAAACUGGGUCGAAGGUUCCUGUGUUUGAUCUUUCACUGCUUCUUUCCGAGGCUGAUAUCAAACAUCUCCGUGAAUCCUACUGUCAGUUCAGACACACCGCCCUGUUCUUCAGACCAGAGGAUAAGCUCGGUAUUGAUGCAAUGAUAUCCCUCUGGAAAAUCAAACGACUUCUUGAUAAUGUCGCUCUGAGCAAUGAAGCCUCCGCAUAA